GUCUCUUGCUGCAUAACAUCAAGAUGCCCAAAAUUGAGGAAACCAUGUUCCAAAAUGAUCCCAGUGAAGCAGAGAGUAGGGCUCAUAAGCCUAGAACACCAGGGCAGAGCCAGGAAAACAAGAGUUUCUGUUUAGAUGACCACUCUGCUGAGAGCAGACCUGAAGUACUUUCUGUCACAGAUCUGAUAGAGACAGUUAAUGAAGUUUCUAAACUUAGCAUUGCUCAUGAAAUCAUGGUAAACCAACAUUUCCGUAUGGAAGAGAGUGUUUUACUUUCCAACAGUUUGGAAGGCAGAUUCAUGGAGACAAUGUACAAUGCUUUUUGGGACCAUCUGAAGGAGCAACCAUUGAGUACUCCCCCUGACUUCAGCCGUGCUCUUGAACUUUUAAAAGAAGUUAAGGAGAUCUUGUUAUCACUGCUAUUACCACACCAGAACCGCUUAAGAAAUGAGAUUGAAGAAGCUCUGGACAUGGAUAUCCUUAAGCAGGAAGCAGAACAUGGGGCCCUGGAUGUCCCUCAUCUCUCUAACUACAUUCUCAAUUUGAUGACCCUCCUAUGUGCACCAGUCCGCGAUGAAGCAGUGCAGAAACUAGAAAGCAUGACAGAUCCUGUGCAGUUACUAAAGGGUAUCUUCCAUGUUCUGGGCCUGAUGAAAAUGGACAUGGUGAACUAUAGUAUCCAGAGCCUUCGACCCUACCUGCAGGAACAUUCUGUCCAGUAUGAACAAGCUAAAUUUCAGGAACUCCUUGAUAAGCAACCUGGUCUCCUUGAUUGCACCACGAAAUGGCUAACCAAGGCAGCAACAGACCUCACUACAACAUCUUCAAGUUCUCUUGGCUCUUCCAGCUCCUCAAGCUUGGAUCGUUCACCUCCAAAUUGGGCAACUAACAACUCAGAAAUCCCCAAUCCCACAAUGGUGCUAUACCAGGGUUACCUGAAUCUUCUUCUCUGGGAUCCUGACAAUGAUGAUUUCCCUGAGGUAAGAAUACCCUCUUUCAAAAGAAUACGGCUACAGGAGAUGGAGUCCCAGUUGCACCAGUUAAUCAUCCUGGCCUCAGUCUUGCUAGUAGCCAGAAGUUUCUCUGGUAAUGUUUUAUUCAGCUCACCUGAAUUUGUGAAUAAACUGAAACACAUAACCAAGGCCCUGACAAAAGAAUUUAACUCCAGGCCUCAAGAGACUAUGGUGAGUGUGAGUGAACAACUGUCCUGGGAAAUCCAUCAAGGACUCAAAGACAUGGACCUUACUGCCCUGAGCAGUGAAAACACAUCAUCUCUUAUAGGCCAACUCCAGAAUAUUGCCAAGAAAGAGAACUGUGUGGACCUGCAGCUAAGAUAUGUACUUUGCAGAUCAGCGAAUCUGUUUGUUUCUCAAAUGUUGUUUGGUUCGUGGCAUGCAGGAGUCUCUGUGAGACUUCCCUGGAGGCCUUAGUCUCUUUGAAGGGGAACUGGCCAAACUAGGCUGGAAAUUUUUCAAUUUGAUGCAUCACAAUCAAUAGGUAUUUAGCCCCUACUAUGCUGGAAUCCUAAGAAAUAUCAUCCCUCCAGCCCAGGCACAAGAAACAGAAAUGGAGUCUGUCUGAUAAUGCUGGACCCCAGCUAUGGCAACAGGGAGCAAGGAGAGAGGGCUCAGCAUGUUCCUGGGAUGACAUCACCUGUGGCCAGCAGAGCAGCUAGUCCUCUUCCUCACUACAGCCAGGACACAGAGAUGAAGGAUUCAAGAAAGUAACACCAACUGGUUCAACCUCCUUUAUUAAUAAACUUCCAAGCUGCAA